UGAUCAGAGCUGGUCGCAUCUAGGAGAUGUCACCUCUGUUAGCUUACCUGUAGAGUUUCUAUCUGCUGCUUUGUCUUGUAAGAAGGAAAAAAAUGCAGAGGAAGAAAAUUGUCAGAGUGAAAAAGACAAAAAGCGGGAGAAGAAAGAAAAGCGGGAAACGAGAGCCCAAAACGGACAAAGACUUGGACUUGGAUAAGGCCAAAGCUAAUAUUGCCCUGUGGGAGUUAAGGCUUCGACUCACCGAGCAAACGCUUGCGGAAUAUCGCGAGAACUGCGGCCAGCUUGCGCGGGUAAAUGCCGAGCUGAGCAGUAAGCUUUCAAACGCGGAGCGGGAACUCCUGGACACCACUGCCAACUGGCAAAGGCGGGAUGCCGCCAAAGAUGAGAAGAUUAAUGCGCUUCAUGAUGCACUCAAAAGUCAAGAGGCCCUAGCUCUUGAGCAGCAGAACAAAUUGGUUGAACAUUACACUCUUGAAAUCAACGAGAUGAAGGAGCUGUACCGAAAGCGAGCGAGUGAGUUUGAGACGAUACAGGAUGGAAUGAGGAAGAUCGAGGCAUUCCAGACGAGGAAAGUUCAGAUGGAACAAGAGCUCAGAGAAACACGAAAAAGAAUGGAACUCGCCGAGAAAGAGCACAGGGAAAACCGUGACGAUAUGGAGUGCCGAUUUUUUCAAGAAAAGGCUCGACUGGAGAAGGACGCUGAGCAAACGAUAGCGCAGGUGGAGGAGCAAGCCCACCGUGAAGCCAUUUUACAGCUGGACGACGCUUCGCGCUGUGUGUUCAAGGAGAACGUCCGGCUGAAUGAGACACUUAGGCACCACAUGAAGGAGGCAGAGGAGCUGCACAAACUGACCAAGUCGUUGGCAAAGGAAAACACAUCCCUGGCACUGGACAAGAAGACACUGCAGAUGCUGGCAAAGAAAAAUGCAGCUCUGAUGGUCACCCAAAAAGAAGAGCUUACCCAUUUGAAAGAGAAGAUAGCUCUUCUGGAGCGAAAUGCAGAAGAUAAGAGGGACGAACAAGAGCGCUGCGAGAAGACGAUGCUGCUCAUCACCCAGGCCGGUGAGGCAGAGCUAGACAAGCUUCAGAGGGAGCUCUCCGCGCGGGAGAAGGAACUGAAGCGUAUCAAGGGGCUAGCUAGCGCCGUCAUGGAGCAACGCUCCGAGCUGGAGCGCUUUUUCCAUGAGUCUUUGGUUCUGGUGAAGGAGGAGAUGGCGGCCAGUCGGCUGCAGUACAAGAAGGAAGCAGAGCAGGCUCACCGGUGGGCUCUCAAACAAGCAACAGCGGGAAGGAUGAAGUUCCCGCCCAUCCGCACCUUCCAAAACACUCCGCACAGCACCAACUCUGUAUACUCAGAUAUGGAGGAGGCCACAAAGUGGAUGCCUGUACCAGGAAGUAAAGUGGAAAUUUCAGACCUAACUUGGGAGCAAAAGGAGCAAGUCCUCCGUCUCCUGUUUGCUAAAAUGAAUAGACACAGGCCAAGGAGAGCCAACAAUCCAGCAGCGUCCUCGUCUGACAGUCGUGUCGCUGGAGAGGAGCCCUGUGUCCUGUCAACCUUCAUUACUCAGGCGCCUGACUCCCUCUACCCUCCAACACCGACGACACGGCAGAAAGACGCGCCACAUGAGCUUUGUCGACUUACCCGCCCAUCAUUAACCUUGGAUUAGCUGCCUGUUAUUUGCGUGCAUCCCACAUUGUUAACACUAUUCUGAUGUGUGAGGUUUGUUUUCCCUCGACAUAUUUGAUCCAUUAUUAUAUGUUGCUGAGAAUGUUAAUUCACUCAAGUGUUAAGAGGUUUUGGACUCUGUAUUCUAUGCUUCUGGUUUCGUGGGAACAAUUUUGGGAAAAAGCCUUUUUCUUUCAUUACAGUACACAAAACAAGAACCGUACUUUCCAUACUAUAAGGCGCACCUUCAAUUAACGGCCUAUUUUGAAACGGAAGUUUUCCUAUGUUUGUAUGUAUACAUACUGUGGUAUGAAAAAGUAUCUGAACCUUUUGGAUUUUCUCACAUUUUUUCAUAAAAUCACCAUCGAAAGUGAUCUGAUCUUUGUCAAAAUCACACGGAUGAAAAAACAGUGCCUGCUUUAACCAA